AAGCCAAGUGAUACAAUUCACUGAGCAAAAGGAGGAGACACUUGGCAGCUUGGCACCAGUCCCAAUGAAGCCAACAGCCUUCUCUGCUUUCUCCUUCUGGCUGGCUCUCCUUUUGGCUGGCUUCCUUGGCAUACACAUUGCCGGCAGUUUUGUGAGAAGUCAGAAGAACCACACGCUAAUUUUCACCAAGGAAAACACAAUUCGCAACUGCAGCUGCUCGGCGGAUAUCCGUGACUGCGAUUACUGCCUGGCAAACUUGAUGUGCAAUUGCAAAACGGUGCUGCCUUCUACCAUGGAAAAAACUACCUACAACAGCCACCUGACCAUUUGGUUCACAGACACCUCCGUGCUGGAGAUGCUCCUCAACUUCACAAGGGCAUGGGAUUUGAAGCUUGCCUUCUGUGGCACCUCUUCUCUCCCAACAGAAUACUUGGCCAUUUGGGGACUUCGAAAGCUCCAGGUAAACAAGGUCAAGGGACGAUUUCCAGAGCAGAGUGUAACCAUCUACAGUAGCAGCAGCAACAAAAAAGAAGACUCACUUGCGGUGCAGAACAAAGACAGGCAAAUGCUUGUAUAUAUUUCCUUUCUGGAUACCUCGCUUUUCAACGGAUAUUCUUUGCUGAAGUCAUACAGCGUAGAAAACGUCUCUAGUAUCACCAAGUACUUCCCCAGCCUGCUGUACUCUGAUGUUUUCUCCACCUCAGAUAACAAGAGCUAUGUUGUAACAUUCAUUUACUGA